AUGUCGCUCACUACUAAACGUAAACUUAGCCUGUCAAAACGAACUAAAUCGAAACAUGACGAAUAUACAACUCGUGAUUUGCCUUCCUUGCGACGUAAACGAACUAUUGCAUUUAACCGUUUAUCUAAAGCAUUACAAAUAGGUAAUGACGCGAAGUUGGAUGCAACAAAGUUAGAUCUAUUUUUAUCGUAUUGUGAUGAAUUACAAAAAAUUACUACCGAUUUCGAAAAUGCGCAUCUUCUUAUUUUAGAAUUACAGGAUGAUCCUGAGUCGGAUGAUGAGGGUGUCCGUGAAAGUUUUGAUGAUAUCUAUUUUAACAUUUUGGCUUUGCAACGCAAUUAUACAAAUUCAAAUUUACCGUCGAAAUCGGAGCAAAAGACCUCUUCUCAUAUAAAACUUCCAAAAAUUUCAUUAAGAACGUACUCAGGACAUAUAAAGGAGUGGGCUGAAUAUAUCGAUAUUUUUAAUUCAUUAAUUAAUGAUUGUCCGUCUUUAAAUAAUUUGGAAAAAUUCCAUUACUUAAGAUCAUCCCUUUCAGGCGAAGCUUUAGCGUUAAUACGUUCGUACCCGGUAACCGGUGAAUAUUAUCACGAUGCAUAUAGCGCACUCGUUAAUCGUUACAAAAAUAAGCGUGACUUAGCAUUUACAUGUUGGCGCGAAAUUUUAAAUGUUGAAUUUAAAAUUAAUAAUGUUAAAGAUUUUCGUCGGUCGCUGGAUAUGAUUGAUGAAAACUUGAAUAUAUUAAAACAAGUGAAUUUGCCAGUUCAACAGUGGGAUUUUAUUCUUAUUUACCAUUUGUUGUCAAAACUUGACACAAAGAUGCGUCGUGAGUUCGAAGAAAAAUAUUCGAAUAUCGAAAUUCCUUCUUAUAAAUUAGUUAGUGAAUUUUUGCAUUCUAAGUGUGAAGCGCAUAGUCGUGAUACACAUUUUACCGAACAGAAGCCACAUUCAAAUUCUCGUGACUUGUCGAAUGUUCAUGCCGGUACUCAUACAAGGCGCAUGAACGUUUCGCAUACACUCGUAGCAACUAAUGAGUCUAAAACCGGUAUGGUUACUGGUGCAUCGUCGAGUGUCGUUAGAUCAGUGUCGUCUAGUUGUCCAUUUUGUAGUCAAUCACAUUCAAUUGGUUCAUGUAAAUCGUUUCUCGAAAAAUCAGUAGAUGAAAGAAUGGCAAUUGUAAACGAGAAAAGGUGGUGUUAUAACUGUUUGAAAUCGUCGCAUCAGUUGAAAACUUGUAAUUCUGUAUUCACAUGUCAAAAAUGUAAGCGUAGACAUCAUACAUUGUUACAUAGGGAAGUAACAAAUUCCAGUAACACUUCAUCACUGUUAACACAAAAUUCAAGUGUUAACACAACUGUCUUGUUAGCAACAGCUCUUGUAACGGUAAAGGACAGUUUCGGGAAUAACAAUACUUUUCGAGCAUUGUUUGACACCGGCAGUCAAAAUAAUUUUAUUACUGAAGAAGCAGUAAAUCGUUUAAAUCUUAAUGUGCUUUCUUCUUGUUCUUCAAUAAGCGGCUUGGGUGACGUGUCAGCUUCCAUCAGUGGUUUAGUGCGUGGUAUCGUAGGAAGCUUAUCGACAAAUAAUACAAACGUAUCAUUUGAACUUGACAUGCACGUCAUUCCUAAGAUCUGUGGUGACCAACCAAUCGCGAGAUUGAAUACUUCUGGUUGGUCACAUAUCAAAUCGUUAGAUUUAGCGGACCCUGGGUUUGAUGUACCCGGACCCGUGGAUCUGUUGCUCGGUGCAGAUAUUUUUGCGGAUUCGUUACUUACAGAACGACUUAAGGGCGGUCCAUCACAACCACCUGCAUUUAAUUCAGUAUUUGGUUGGCUAUUACUAGGAAAGACUUCAUUAUCAGGUUCGUCAUUGGUUGCGCUGCAAUCAAAGAUCCAAUAUGAUGAUCUUACAAAAUUAGUGGAGAAGUUCUGGGAAAUCGAUAACGUUCCUCAAGCUAAUUCAUUUACCCCAGAUGACAUUCUUUGCGAGAAGGAAUAUAUCGCAACUACACAUCGGAAUGAGCACGGUCGUUAUGUGGUACACUUACCGUUCAAAAAUUCUUGUGAACCCGUGUUCUCGGGAUCUCGUGAUAUUGCUGAGAGGCGGUUUUAUGCUCUUGAACGUAGAUUAUCGCGUGACCCUGAUUUAAAGCGUCAAUACGUUGAAUUUAUGUUUGACUAUCUUCAGAGUGGUCAUAUGUCAUUGGUACCCACUUCAGAAAAGCGUCGCGGAAAAUAUUAUAUCCCGCAUCACUGUGUUGUACGGCCUGACAGUCCCACCACCCAAUUGCGUGUGGUAUUUGAUGCCUCCGCAAAGGAUAAUCUUGGUCAGUCAUUAAAUGAUACACUGCUAAUUGGACCAAAAUGUCAAACUGAUAUCACGAAAGUUCUUUUACGUUUUCGAGAACACGCUAUUGUCUUUAUGGCGGACAUACGCCAAAUGUACAGGCAGAUUGUUAUUAGUCCAACACAUCGGGACUACCAGCGCAUCUUGUGGCGUUCAGAUUCACGACAACCGGUAUCAGAGUACAAACUGAACACCGUUACUUACGGUGUUUCAUCGGCUCCCUUUCUCGCCUGUCGAACUCUUCAGCAGCUCGCAUGCGAUGAGGGUGACACAUUACCUUUAGCAAAAAGGGCGAUUACAUACGAUAUCUAUGUCGAUGAUAUUGUUACUGGUGCUAACAAUAUGAUCGAAGCCCGACAUGUGAAGUCACAAGUUGUUGAAUUACUCAAGUCUGGGCACUUCGAGUUAAGAAAAUGGGCUAGUAACAAACCUGAGCUACUGGACGAUGUACUGACUGAGCAUUGCCUGGUUGAAGCUAAAUCGUUUACUGAUGAACAACCAUGUACACUGAAGGUUCUCGGACUGAAAUGGGAUCCAUCCCAUGAUGUAUUCGUCUUUCAUGUAAAACCUCUUGAUAAAAUGUGCACUAAACGAUCAAUUCUGAGUGAGGUUAGUCGGGUGUUUGAUCCUUUGGGAUUUCUUUCCCCGUUGACGAUUCACACCAAAAUUUUAAUUCAACAACUUUGGGUGGCUGGCAUAGGUUGGGAUGAAACACCACCGGAUGACAUAGUUCGCACAUGGAAUGACUAUAUUCAGCAAUUACCAUCGAUUCAAAAUUUAUUCGUGCCUCGUCGGUGUACUAUCGAUCACGCCGUGUCAUAUGAACUUCACGGAUUUUGUGAUAGCUCAGAAAAGGCUUAUGGUGCUGUGAUCUAUUUGCGUGUUACUGAUAGUAGCGAUCGUGUACACACGUUUUUUGUAUGCUCCAAGGCUCGCGUAGCUCCUUUAAAGAAGCUCAGCUUACCACGUCUAGAAUUAUGUGCGGCAGUAUUAUUGGUGAAUUUGCUCAAAUUCGUGGAAGAGGCAUAUGCUCCGCGUAUUAAUUUCUCUGUCACUCUAUGGAGUGAUUCGACUGUCGUUCUCUCUUGGCUUAGAUCACAUUCAUCAAAGUGGCCCAUCAUCAUCCUCCUCAUUAUCAUAUUAUGGACAUAA